AUGUCUACUCUCGAAGCAAACACUCUAUUUUCGACCAAGGGCCUAGUUGCGGUGGUAACCGGGGGUGGAACAGGUAUCGGAUUGAUGAUUGCGGCUGCUCUUGAGCACAAUGGUGCAGAAAGGGUCUAUAUCGUAGGAAGAAGGAAAGAAGUCUUGGAGAACGCAGCGAAGGAGCACUCCAAAUACGGCAAGAUAAUCCCACUCGUCGGAGAAGUUACAUGA